GUGGUAUACGUGAGGCAGGAGCUCGAUAACGCGAUAUAUAGUUCGGUCAAGUCAGCUGACACCAAGAUGCAAUCGCCCGUCGCUCUCGGACUGUAAUGCGACGAUCGCUUCUUCGUUAUCGCGUAAUAGAGAGACCGUAGGAACGCGUCGAAAAUCGUAUUCGCGAAUUCUCUCCACUCCCGCGCGAGGUGAGCCGAGUGAGUUGGGUGCGCGAGGAGCUCGUGUGAAUUUGGCUACUGACCAGAGAGCAAAGGAUUACUCACUAUGCCGCUCAGCGCAGACAUAUCUACGGCGCUCCACCUGCUGGAGCACGUGCAGGAACGAGUGGAGGACUGCGACGACCCCAAGUUGCAGAUGCACACGUCGCAGGACCUCAAGUCGCUGAUCUCACUGCUGGAGGACCCAGUGUUCCGCAGCAUAGUCACGAUUCAGGACUCCCUGAUUGAGCUGAACACACAGUUAACGCAUCACCCGUCCAUCCUGCCGGGUGACUUUGACAUCAACAUCAGCGGGCAACUCGAGCUCUCGGUGCCGAGUACUCCGGUGCAGCCACUUGGACCGAACAUAUAUCAGGAUCUGUAUCAGCAGGACAGCAGUGAGCUGGAGGACCAGAGGGUCCCUGUUGCCCCGUUGCUGCACAGCAGCAGCGAGGACACGAGCGCACAGGUCACCAGUCCCAGUCUCGUCUCGGAAGUUAUGGGAAUGCCGCCUAUAACCACGCCCACUUACGCGAAGGAGUUUAAAAAAGUCAUCGAAGCCGCGGCGAAGGGACGACAGAUAUUUACAGUGCAGCUGUACAAACCGGAGGGUACCAGCUUGGGAUUCAGCGUGGUCGGGCUUCGGAGCAAGGACAAGGGCGAGCUCGGCAUAUUCCUGCAGGAGAUACAACCGAACGGCAUCGCCGGCUGCGACGGUCGACUGUUAGAGGGGGAUCAAAUACUGGCGAUCGAUGGGCAACCCUUAGACUCGAACAUCUCCCACGAGCAGGCGAUCUCGAUUCUUCAGAAGGCCCGUGGUCUGGUUGAGCUAGUCGUAGCAAGAAGCACCCAAGACGUUGGGAGCUCUUUGCCGACGGAUGAAUUGUCCGGUGGUUCGAGUUCGACAGCGGCCGCAGGAGCAGCGUCGUCCAUCGUCGGUGGCGGCGGCGGCGGUGCCGUUGCUGGGAACAACCAGGCGAGCUCCGACAAGGAUCAAUCGGUGUCAGCAUCGUCCACCGUCGUUACACCGGGACCGACCCCGAAGUCAAGCCAGCCGGCCAGCACCGCCUCGGCGGCGACUCCGACGCCCACGAACACACCAACACCCACGCCGACCUCGACACCGGUACCUGGAGGCCUCGUCAUCGAAAGGAGCCCCUCCGCCGUCAGCGACGCCUCCAAGAGUGGCUCUGACAUGGUGUUGAAUACGGAAUGGGCUCAAGUUGAAGUGAUAAAUCUCAUCAACGAUGGCAGCGGUCUUGGAUUCGGCAUCAUCGGCGGCCGCAGCACCGGCGUCGUCGUCAAAACCAUUCUUCCGGGAGGCGUUGCCGAUCGCGAUAAUCGACUCCAGAGCGGGGACCACAUAUUGCAGAUCGGCGAUGUCAAUCUCCGUGGGAUGGGAAGCGAGCAGGUUGCCGCGGUUUUACGGCAAUCGGGCACCCACGUGCGGCUGGUCGUCGCGCGACCUGUGGAGCCAACUUCUCCGGAUUAUCAGGCCCUUGGAAGUCACGCCCCGAUCGUACCUACGAAAAUCCUCGGGGAUCCCGACGAGCUGGACCGACAUCUGGUGCACAGCGUGCCGGAGAACUACAACAUGCGAAGGGGCGACGGGACCGGGUACGACAACAACGGUUACGCGUACUCGCAAGAGUCCGACAUUGAAAUGCACGCAAGACCCGGUCUCAUCAUGGACGUGGUACGCAACCCAAUGCCAAUUGGAGCGAUGCCAGUUAUACCGGCGGUGCCACUUCCGGUGCAGCUCCAGGACCUCCCGGCGCUUACCAUGGAACCCCUCGACAUCAAUUCACUGCCAGAGAUGGAGCGCUUCGAGGUCGACCUAACGAAGGACGCUUACGGCCUCGGUAUCACUAUCGCCGGAUACGUUUGCGAGAAAGAGGAGCUCUCUGGAAUCUUCGUUAAGAGCAUUAGCGAGGGUAGCGCGGCCGACUUGAGCAAUAAGAUCCAGAUUAACGACCGAAUAGUGGAGGUCGACGGGCAUUCCCUGCAGGGCUACACUAAUCACGAGGCCGUUGAAGUGUUAAGGCGUACCGGACAAACGGUUACCCUCUGCUUGGAACGAUAUCUUCGUGGACCCAAGUUCGAGCAGCUUCAGCAGGCGAUCGCCGCAAGCGAAUUGAGAUUACCUCAGCCGAGUUCACCAUCGAUAACGAGCCUACCUAGUUUCCCCAUGAGCGCGCAGGAUGGAGAAACCACUACCGAAAUAGAACCGGAAGGUGAAUCUCAUACGACCGUGGACAGCGCAGUUUUGCAGGAAGGUUUAAGAGCGUCUGACGAACGGGACGAGGCGACCAACGUUGAAGCUCUAUUGAGCGAUCCGUCGAGCGAGCUCACGCCUCAAAUUCGCGCUGCGAUCAAAGCGAAAUGGCAGAAGAUUGUCGGACCCGAUACCGAGAUAGUGGUCGCCCAGCUGAAGAAGUUCGCCGAAGGUAGCGGUCUCGGGAUUAGCUUGGAAGGAACGGUCGACGUGGAGAACGGCCAGGAAGUAAGGCCUCAUCACUACAUACGUUCGAUCCUGCCGGAGGGCCCCGUUGGACAGAACGGCACGCUGCGCUCCGGCGACGAGCUUCUAGAGGUAAACGGCUACCGUUUAUUGGGCAUCAAUCAUAUGGAAGUGGUUAGCGUGCUGAAAGAGUUGCCUAUACACGUUCGCAUGGUUUGCGGAAGAAACAUCGCCUCGCAGGAUCCACUUUGUCCCAUCGACACUGCUCAACACCAAGCUGCUUUCCAGACUAGAAGCAUCCUCGGUGGGUCUCUGCAAAACUUAUUGCCCACGAUGGAUCGCCUUGUGAAAGCAAAGUCGGACGGUUCCUUGGCUUCGACGACGACCACGGCCACGGUGACUGACGCGAGUCUGAAUAAAAUGAAGUCGCGCUCGUUGGAACCGCUAACCGGUCUGGCGAUGUGGAGUUCCGAACCGCAAAUUAUCGAAUUGGUUAAAGGAGAGAGGGGCCUUGGGUUCUCCAUUUUGGAUUAUCAGGAUCCAAUGAACCCCAACGAAACUGUGAUAGUAAUACGAUCGCUCGUGCCCGGUGGGGUGGCACAGGUUGACGGGCAGUUAAUACCGGGCGAUCGGCUUCUGUUUGUGAAUGACAUCGGAUUAGAGAACGCAACACUGGACCAGGCCGUGCAGGCCCUCAAAGGCGCCCCGAAAGGGACCGUUCGCAUCGGCGUGGCUAAGCCGCUGCCAAUACCAGACAGUAUUGUCCAGCAGAGGGUGACACCGAGGAUCAAACGGAGCAAAAGUUUUCCCAAUGAGAGCGAGACGACCGAUCACGCGGCCGAGAUCGAAGACUUGCUUUCCUCGAGAUCAGGACUGACCGAAACCUCGACGAACAAACCGGAGAUCGACGAGGACGAGGAGGAGGAGGAGGACUGGAAGGACGCUUCCCCGGUGACGCCGAUCUGCAGCCCGGCGCGACGGCCCGCCAAGCGGCACCACCGCGACAAGCGAUCGCCGACCAGGUACGUCGACGUCGACAACGACGUCGAGAUCAUACACGAAUUCUAUCCGACCACGUCGAAGACGAUGCGCGAGGAGACGAGCAUCGUGUCGUACGGCGGUACGAUAAUCGUCGAGACGACGAGGAUACCCAGGCCCGCCAGGGACGCGCCGGCGAGGGCGGAAAAGGUGGCGCCGAAGGUGAAGUUAAAGAAGCAAUCGUCGCUGGAACGCGCGCCGACCGUUCAAGAGGAGCCGUCCUCCAGCGCGGAGGAAGCGUCCAGGGUAACCAUGAUGCCCGCGAGGCCGGCGCAAGAGACGGCGCAGGACCAGGAAGGACGCGGGAAGAGCCUGAAGCGUCACAGCAGCGCGGAGUCUGAGGGACGGACGUCCACCUCGAGGGAGACGCUGGAGAAGUCGGACACGUCGUCGGAGAAGGGCGCCAAGAAGAAGGUCUUCGCGGAGAAGGGGGACGGUAAGAGGCGAUCGAAGAGGACGGGAAGGAAGUCCGAGAGGAAGGUGACGGAGGAGGUGGAGGAGGAGAAGCCGUCGAGGCGGAAACCCGAGGGCGAGGAGUUGGCGCCGCGGAAGGACGAGGAGACUUAUCGACGCACGAGGGAGGAGAGGAAGAGCCUGAAGGAGCAGGAGUGCAUCGAGAGGGUGACGGAAUUCCUCACGAGGCACAGCAUUCCGUCUUACUCCGACGUGAGCGUCGGCCUCGAGCCUACCUCCGUCCCCGAGGUCCCCGUGGACGACGAGCAACGAGUCAAACGUCCAUCGGCCAUUAGCAAAGAAGGGGAGGCCGCCGGUCUCUCCUCGAUCGAAACGUCCGUCGCGUCCGCGAAGAGGAGGGACAGCCUGAAGGGUGUAACCGAAGUGACGGAGGAAACGGAGGAGUCUCCCGCGGACGCGGGGAGACCCCCGGAGGGCAGGAGGCAACGGCCGAGCUUGGAACGUGCGGCAGCAGUGGCGUCGGGAGCUCGGCAACCCGAGCCGGCGGUCCAGGGGCCCGCAAAGCGGCCGAGCUCGUUGAAAAAGAGGAGGGACUCCAUCUCCAGAGAGUCCUCGAAGGAAUCGUUGCUGGAGGAGAAGAAGGGCGUCAGGAUUCAAGAGGACGUGCAGGAGAUCUUUUUCGACGACUCGAGCGACCAGGUGAGCGACCUGCUGCCGGAGGUCCAGCUGGUGACCGCCAGGAUCAUCACGGCGGAGGAGGCGUCCGCGCUCCGCUUCGAGGAGACGGCCACCAGGGUCGAGGUCCACUCGCCGCCGGAGGUGUACCUCGUCCCGGAGACGAUCAAGACGAAACUGAUGCGCGCGCCGUCGCCGGAAGUCGUCGACGUCUCGUCACUGCAGCUGCCCGCCCUGGCGAAAUCGACCUCGGAGAGCACGCUGGCGGACGGCAGGCCCAGCACCGACGAGGACCGCAAGGUCUCCGUGAGGAAUCUGAAGCCGGAGAUUCUCUGGGACCUGUCCAAGGUCACCGACAACGGCGGUAGGCUCGAGGAGACGGCUAUAGGGGGCGAGGACGGGGGCCACAGAGACGCCAAGGAGAGGCGGCUCAGCAGAACCGGCAGCGAGGGAUCGAAGAGACUGGCCAAGCAGGAUCAGAAGCAGGAACAGUUCCCCUUCAAAAUCGGCAGCCUCGCGCAACCGGACAGGCCGGAGCUGACGAUCCUGCACGAGGGUCCGACGGAUAGGACGGGAAGUGCCGGGGACGUUACGGGAAAGGCUAAUACGGAGGGAGCGAGGGAGGACGGUGGCGUCGUAGGCGAGCUCGAGGAGUCCGCCGGCGUUCCCAAGGAUCUGACGAUCUCGCCGCAGGAUCCGCGUGGAGAGGAACAAAGGAGACCGUUAUCGCGGCAAGGGGCCGAGGAGGAUGCUAAGGAGGCGCGCGAUUACGGGCAACAGCAGACCCCUUCGCGGGAGAAACGCUCGCCGCCGUUGUUAGAAGAAGCUAUUAGCAAGCACGAGGAGGAUCUGAUCUGCAAGGAGCACUCGCUCGAGUACCAGAGGCAGACGCUCGAGAGCCAAGCGGACCAUCUGUUUCACGAGGUAUUCACCUCCUCGUUGGAGGACCUGCUGGCAACGGUGCCCGAGAGCUGGGCCCACGAGGUUUACGAGGAGAGCCUCGACGAGGUCGAGCGGAGCUUCAAGGAGACCCAGUACUCGCCCAAGGAGAGGCGCGAUGUGCAGACCCAGACCGUGCAGGAGUCGAAGAGCACGCAGUGCAGCCCCGAGCAGAGCGUAACGAGCCCGUGCGAGGAGCCGCCCAGCGUCAGUCCCUUCCACAUCGGCCAGAGGUACUUUCAGAGUCCCAGGCGCGAGGUGCAGACGCAGACCCAGGGCGAGGACAAGAGCGUGCAGUGCUCGUUGGAGGAUCUCGGUGAGCUCGCGAGGGGCGACGUCGCGGAACAGGAGUCGAAGAGCGUCCAGUGCGUCCCGGAGGACAUCUCCGCGAGAUCGUCCGACAGGUCGAGGUCCUCCUCCCGGGAAGACACCCUGCGCAGCCCGCGGCGCGAGGCCGAGGUGCAGACCUAUCAGGAGUCGAAGGCGAUCCAAUGCAGCGACGACGAGUUCCUCGACGAGGCUGAUCGAGCUCCUAGCGCCGAUCGUCCGGAGGAGCACGCGCGCCACAGUAGACCGGCCAGCUCGGCCUCGAGGAAGACCGAGAGCUCGCCCUCGUCGAGCUCGGGUUCGCCGCGCAAGUUCCCGACUGUCGUCUUCGUGGAGGGCAAGGGGGAUAUGACCGUCAUCCACAGGGAGCACGAUGGCGACGUCACCUGGUCGAAGCACUGGGGUCCCGAGAGACUGGUGGAGAUAUACAGAGAGCCUAAGGCCAGCCUAGGGCUCAGCAUCGUCGGUGGGAAGGUCGAUCUGCACAACGGCGGGCCCAGCAAGUCGCAGAAUAUCUCCGGGAUAUUCAUAAAGAACGUCCUGCCGAACAGUCCGGCUGGUAGAACUGGCGGUCUCAAGAUUGGAGACAGAAUAAUUGAGGUGGACGGCGUCGACCUGCGGCACAGUACGCACGAGCGUGCAGUGGAGGUCAUACAAGCCGCCGGGAAUCCUGUCAGCCUCCUCGUCCAGUCCCUGGUGAAUCUGAGCCCAGAGCACGGCGGCGCCGUCCAGGAGGAAAGGGAUACCAAACCCCGAAGGCAGACCGUCAAAAGUCAUACGUCGCCGUCUUCCGGCGUCAGUCCUGGAACGCCGACGGCCUCCUUUCGCCAUAAACCAUCGCCAGUUUCGCCCGCGAGAUCCGUCACGCCGGAAGUGAUACAGCCAGGAUUCGAGGACGGCGUUCCGCGCGAGGAUUCCCACAGGCAAAGCUCGAAAAGUUCGGAUGGCUCGGCUUCCGCCCCGCGAAGAUCCUCCAUGAAGAAGCCAAUUCAGAAGACAGUCGCCCCGGCACCGCCCUCGAGUCAGGGCAUCCUUCGCGAGGUCAGCGAGGAACGGGAGGAUCACGCGUCCUCCGCCGCGAAAUCCAAAUACUCCUCGGACGAGAGCUCGGAUGAGGAGGACACGCGGUUGCUGGAGGGAAACGUCUACACGAAGGGCGGCAUCGAGAUCUCGCGGCGAAGUGCCGGAAACGUGAGGCGCACCAAGUCGGAGAUCGAGGCGGAUCCGGAGGAAGAGGACGAGUUCGGCUACACGGCCAAGAAGAUACAGAAGAAGUACCACAAUCUCGGGCAUAAAGUGACGAUGGUCACCCUCGAGAAGGACAGGCGGGGAUUGGGCAUCUCUCUGGCGGGACAUAAGGAUAGAAACCGAAUGGCGGUGUUCAUCUGCGGUCUCAAUCCGAAAGGCGCAGCCCACAAGAACGGCGGGCUUCACAUCGGCGACGAGAUAUUGGAGAUAAAUGGCUGCGUAUUGCAAGGACGAUGUCAUCUGAACGCUUCCGCCCUUAUCAAAGGCAUGGCCGGUACUCUCUUCAAAAUCAUCGUUUAUCGACGAUCGAAGGCUGUCGACGACAUCGCCGUAAAGCCGAUAGUCCAAUUUCCACCAACCUUGGAUGACGUUUUUAUAGACUUCAGCAAGUACAAAGGAGUCCGUGAUGUACAAGUGAAGAAGAGUCAGUACGGCCUUGGCAUAAUGAUCAUCGAAGGAAAGCAUUUGGCUGUGGGGCAAGGUAUCUUCGUGUCCGACAUUCAAGAAGGCAGUGCCGCGGAACAGGCUGGAUUGCAAGUCGGUGACAUGAUCCUGGCCGUUAAUCUGGAUAGCUUGUUAGGCCGCACGUAUGAUGAGGCGACGGAGUUAUUAAAGAAAGCGGAGGGAGUCGUUAAACUAGUAGUUUGCAAUCCUAACGAAAAUAAGGAACAGAAGGCUAAGAGUCAGGAGCUCAAGGAUGACUCGUCGACUUCGGUUGCGCAGAAGACCCCGCAAAAGAGCGGGGCGUCGGCAACCGGAAAGGAGCCAGUAGAACCUGAAGAGAAGAAAGUGCGACAGGAUCCAAAGACCUGUAAUGUCGAGAUCGGCAAGGAAGUGACGAUAGAGUUUCAGAAGGAGAAGAAUCAAGGUAUAGGUUUCUACAUCGCUGGUGGUUCUAACACUCCCUGCAACGGGGUAUUUGUUCUGGACGUAUCUCCCGAAGGCGCGGCUGGGAAGGAUGGUCGAUUGCAACCAGGCGAUCAGAUUCUGAGCAUAGGAAGCGUCAGCUUUACGGAGAUAGAGCACGACAAAGCUCGCGAGACAGUUCUGAAGCAAGCUCCUGGGGCUAUCGUUAUGACAAUAUUGCGCCACGAGAAACCAGCCGAGGAAUAUGAGGUCGAGAUACAGAAAAAGAGCGGCAAAGGAGCUGGUCUCUGUUUCGCCGCGUUCUGGAGCAACAAGGGGGUCUACGUGAAGGAGCUAACAGCGGGCGGCCAGGCUAUUGAAACCGGCAAGAUCUGCAAGGGUGAUCGUUUGAUAGCGAUUGGUGGACUGGAUGUUCACGACGCUUCCCUGGACGAUAUCGCUUUUCACAUGAAGAUAUCUAAUCCACUGCAAAUGAAACUAGCUAGGUACCAUUCCGCCAAACAAUGACAGGGUUCUGCGGGCGGAACUCCCAGCGCGUGUCCCGACGUACGAAGAAGCGCCUGCAGACACCAUGGAUUCUAGUGUGAUAUACAUAGGUAAAAUAACGUCUCGAUAAACGUCGUACGAGUACCUUUGUUACGAGAGCUGUCGCGUGCAGCAAACUCGCUCUUAUUAGUUACAAGCCGCAGCGUCGCCAAUCGAUCUUGCCGUUCAAGCUCGCGGACUCGCGUGCGACACGAGACGUGGGGCAGAGAAAAAGAGAGAGAGGAAGAAGUAGAACAAAGGAGGCAUAAGAGCAACCAGCGAGCAACCAGAGAGGCGACUCACAGACUCACGUUACACAUCAAUCCGGGAACCAGCGGAGGAGAGAAACCAGGUGAUUUUUGCAACCAGUCGGAGGUUACCCUCCCCCGAGUGUCGAGUGUGAAAUCCCGUCGACGUUGGUCCACAAACGAUUCCGUCUGCUCGUGCAAGCAGCCGAUACGAAGUAUCUCACACGCACGCACACACACACACGCGCGUUAUUAUAAUUGUACAGCGAGGUGAUACGCGUUAUUGACCGCCCUCCCCGCCCCCUCGAGACUAGGAGAGAAAGAGGGAGUUCGAUGGUGGCGAAGGUUCCGUCACGUAAUCCGCGUGUCCCUACAACCACGAAGGGAGAAUCGUCCGGAUUCCCUUCCCCUCGGACUACGCUAUCUCCACUCGUGUCUCCCCGAUUACAAAAUCAAAUCCGCUUGCACGCACUCCUUCGUACCGCAUCGCGCGGUUACACUUUAAGGGCAGGCAGAAGUGGCACGCAGUUUCUUCUUUUUCCCCCCUCCCCUCUCUUUCUUUUCUUUAUACGAUAUAAGAGAUUCUAGUCCAGCCCCGAGAUCGACGUUUCGGCAUUUCUCGCCUUAAUUAUCGCUCUCGCCCGCGUCGCGGCCGCCCCCGCUGCCGUAGAGUCGUUAUUAUGGUAUAGUGUAUUUUUUAAUAUUAUAAUAAAGAGCACACGGGACGACGCACGAGCCGCGUCGGAAAAUGUACGUAUACGCGUUAUCGGGGGAAUUUUUAUCGUAAUGUGAAAAAUUUCUUCUUUUUUUUUUUUUUUUUUCGUCUGUCCAAACUUGCGCAAAGUAAGAUGUGUAAGGUUUGCUGAAAUUCAUAAGUAGAAUUUUAUCGAACGUCAGCACAGAAAAAUAUGAAUAUUCUAUCGCUAGGAAAAGCGAUUAAUCAGUUAACUUUUUUCCCUGUAGUAAUGGUUAAAACUUUAACAAGGAAUAUUUUGAUAAUUGCCUUAAAAUAUAAUCAUUACGUUGAAAAACUCAUUAUCGUAUACUCACUCGAAGAAAAUAUUAUAAUAUUUUAUAAUAGAAAGAAACGUUUAAACAAUAAGCAAGUCGAAUUUUUGUCUCAACGUAAUAUUUUCGAUAGUAUUAAAUUACUAGAGUUCAGAAUAUGUUUCGAAUAAAUUUUUCUUAAAUUAAAAAUACGUAAUAUUUACUGAAUUUAGGUAACUUAUGAUAUUUUUCUGCGUAUACGCAGCCAUGUAUUUUAAAUAAAUAUUAUUUGUGUCGAGUAAAUGAUAAAUAUUUCUAAACUAUUAUUAAGAAAAUAUUCUUCGCAAGGAUAAUCGUUAAAAGAAGAAAACUGAGUAAUCGCUUUUCUCUUAACACGAGAAUUAAAUUCCUCUGUACGUAGAACCGAUAGGCGAUCGUUCGAGGUGGCUCGUACGUCGGUGUACCAAGCAAUGUAGACUAAAUCGCCUAAAAAAAAAAAAAAAGAAAACAUUAGAAAUAAGUGGAAAAAUACACACGCAUACACAUACGCUCGCUCGCUUACACACGUCCCUCGAGCGUAGACCGACGAACGCGGGGAGCGGUCGCGCCGAAUGUCGAAACGUCGAUCGAGAGGAUCAUCUGUAGCUGUAAGUGCUUGAAGACGCGCCGUUAAACGAUCGCGGUGCUGUACAACUUCCAGCACCGAAACGGAUGACGGAUAUCAUCGUCCCGAGUGUUCAAGCGUUAUCCUAAUGCUCUGCGACCGCCGUCGAAAGCGCGGCGGGUGAAACGCGUCGAUAAAGCUAGACUGGCUUGUUGAGUA